AUGAUAUAAUAGAAUAAGUAUUUCUAAGAUCUAAAAAUAUUCUUAAACUCUCCACUUUAAUCUCAUUAGGUUCUCCACAUUGAUCUGAAUAAAAAUUAAAUUGGUGAUGAAGGAGCAUAAAAUUUAGGUUUUAGUUUAGCAAAGUGCACUAAUCUCUCAAAAUUGGUACUAGAUCUUAAUGAAAAUAAAAUUGGUGCAAUAGGUGUAUCAGGCAUAGGUUCUGCUUUAGAAAAAUGUAAAAAUCUUUCAAAUUUGACGCUUAAUAUUGAUAAAAAUUAAAUUGAUGAUAAAAGUGCAUCAUAAUUAGGUUCUGCUUUAGCAAAUUGCACUAAUCUCUCAAAUUUGACACUAAAUCUUAGAUGCAAUAAUAUUGGUACGAUUGGUGUGUAAGGUUUAGGUCUUGCUUUAGCAAAGUGCAUUAAUCUCUCAAAUCUGGAACUUAAUCUUGGGGUUAAUUAAAUUAAUGCAAUUGGAACAUCAAGCUUAGGUUUUUCUUUAGCAGAGUGCUCUAAUCUCUCAAAUUUGAUACUUUAUCUUUAGUCUAAUUAAAUUGGUGAUGAAGGUGUAUUAGGCUUAAGUUUUGCUUUAGGAAAGUGCACUAAUCUCUCAAAUUUAGAACUUUGUCUUUAGUUUAAUUAAAUUGGUGAUGAAAGUGUAUUAGGGUUAGGUUCUGCUUUAACAAAGUGUACUAAUCUCUCAAAUUUAACACUUGAUCUUGGAUUUAAUUAAAUUGGCAAUGAAGGUGCAUCAAGCUUAGGUUUUGCAUUAAGUAAGUUCACUAAUCUCUCAAAUUUGGAACUUAGCCUUGACUAAAAUUAAAUUGGCGAUGAUGGUGCAUAAGGUUUAGGUUCAGGUUUAGGAAAGUGCAAUAAUCUCUAAAAAUUAGUACUUGCUCUUAGCUACUUUCACUAAUUUAAAAUAAAAGUAUAAACGAAAUGA